AUGACAGGAUACAGGGAUGAUAUUAAGCACACUCUUCCCUCUUCUAUGCUAUGUCUCUUUUUCUCUGCUUACAUUAUGACAGGAUACAGGGAUGAUAUUAAGCACACUCUUCUCUCCCCUCUUCUAUGCUCUGUCUUUUUCUCUGCUUACAUUAUGACAGGAUACAGGGAUGAUAUUAAGCACACUCUUCCCUCUUCUAUGCUAUGUCUCUUUUUCUCUGCUUACAUUAUGACAGGAUACAGGGAUGAUAUUAAGCACACUCUUCCCUCUUCUAUGCUAUGUCUCUUUUUCUCUGCUUACAUUAUGACAGGAUACAUGGAUGAUAUUAAGCACACUCUUCCCUCUUCUAUGCUAUGUCUCUUUUUCUCUGCUUACAUUAUGACAGGAUACAGGGAUGAUAUUAAGCACACUCUUCCCUCUUCUAUGCUGUGUCUCUUUUUCUCUGCUUACAUUAUGACAGGAUACAGGGAUGAUAUUAAGCACACUCUUCCCUCUUCUAUGCUAUGUCCCUUUUUCUCUGCUUACAUUAUGACAGGAUACAGGGAUGAUAUUAAGCACCUCUUCCCCUCUUCUAUGCUAUGUCUCUUUUUCUCUGCUUACAUUAUGACAGGAUACAGGAUGAUAUUAAGCACACUCUUCCCUCUUCUAUGCUAUGUCUCUUUUUCUCUGCUUACAUUAUGA